AUGCCUCCAGAAAAACACAAAGGGCUCGAGCAAAAGCAAAGAGGGGAGGAAGAGAGCGGGCGCGGUGUACUUUGCUUUGCACUUUUCUGCACACCCAGCCCGGAGCCCAGGGCAGCUCCCGUCCUUACCCGCUGGUCCGGAGAGCCGGUCCUGCUACGGGGGCGCGGGGCGAGGGCUGCGGGGACGCGGCGUCGGGGCGGGCCGCGGGCGCGGGGAGCCACCACCUCUUCUUCCCCAAGCGGCUGCGGGCGUGGGCCGAAGGAGCUGGAGAAGGAGCCUGGGGAGGGGGAGAAGAGGAGCAGCAUCUCCUCCUCGUCCACGCCUCCGAAACGCCCCUCCAGCCGCGACCCCGGCGGACCGCCCGACCCGCGUGCGCUCGCGCAACCUCUCCGCCCUCCGCGGCUCUGCGCGUCCCCAAAGGCUUCGCCAAAGCCCGCCGGCGCGGGCGGCUCAGCUCCUGCAGCCGGCCCCGUGCGCUGCCGAGGCGGCCGAGGCAGACCGGGGAGCCAGGGACUGCUCACCGGCACGACCGUCUCUCGGGGCCGCAACCAUGGUGUGUCACCCUCGCCGCGCCGCGGCGGCCGCAGCUCCUCGCCCCUCUCGGGCUCCACCUCAGGCCGCCGCGCAGGCCCCGCCCCAAUUCCUGUCCAUCAACCCUCCCGGGACGCCUGGGGAGACCGAGGAUCUCCGGCCGCUCCGCCUCAUUGGCCCGACGGCCCUGCAGCCCCGGCCCCUCACGAGGAACGAGGUCGCCCGGGAGACGGGCGCCCGGGUUCCCAUGACAACGGGUGCCUGGGGCCUGGCUUUUCGCGUUCUUCAGGCUUGCCGGGCGCUCAGGUUGACCGCCACGCAGCAGCGUUCCUGCCCCGGCGGGGUGGACUCCUGAUUUUAGGCGGAGGGGAAAACGCCCCCCGACCGCCGCCGCACUUGCAACUUCAGAAACAGAAGUUGAGGGCCCUGGGGCGUGCGAGGCAGAGAGGAAAAACUCCCUCUCGCCCUUCCUCGGUCAGUCCGCAUGGCCCUCCCCCCGUGCCCUGCCUUGCCUCCAGCCUCGUUUCCCUGUUCUCACCGGGCGGAUUUGGGCUCUGAAAGGGAGAGGAGAAGAAUGGGAGGGAAGGAGCAGGGCCGUGCCAGCUCCCUGCAGCAGUGUAGUAGCUUGGAAAUGGCGGGGUCAACGAAAACAGCUCGAGUAAGGACUGUGAUGGGAACUUUGCCCAGCUGAGAAGCAGAAGCAAGAUGAGUAAUCUACCAAAACAUGAGCAGGGAAGAACUGAUCCAAGUAUAUGACUGAAAGGAAGUGGAAGAAUUCUGCUGCCAUUGAUCCAGCAUCGAAUUCGGUUCAUUACAAGGACUAUGCAACAAUGAUGGGUCCAUCAGCGCCGUUAAGCUCCUUCCUGACCUUCGUGUCUUCUCCCCGAUGUCCCGCCACGGGAAGUGCAGCGAGCCUGUAGCUUUUCAUCUAGAGGCCUCCUCCCAAGGGGUCCUUGCUUUCUCUUCCUCUACCACACACACCUGCCCUGCGCCACUGGACAGCAACCUCGACGAUAUUGUAGGAAUUCCUCGGAGGUCUUCUCAUCCUGGCCUCAACCACUCAGAGAGAGGGGUCUCCUUUGCGGAGAAAGUGCCCAAAGGAGAGCCCACCUGCUUCAGGACUUCCUUGAGCCUCACACAAGCAGCCCCUUUUCUUCUGUCU